AUGUUACAAGAGUUACAACUCGUUCAAGGUCAGACGAACUACGUGGUCGUCUCAUCUGGCUACCCUUCAGCUACCGUAUCGAAGGCGCCCGUUGAUAAAAGGAACGUACCUAUAGCACCCGCACCUGAAAAGAAUUAUGUUACGCACGAUACGCCACCCAGUCUACAAUACAGAAAAAAGGUUCAUUUCAGAACAAACCCAUAUACUGGCCCUCAGGCCGCGUCGAUUGCGAGACGAAAUGCCCGCGAACGAAAUCGCGUGAAGCAAGUUAACGAUGGAUUUAAUGCGCUCCGCCGUCACCUGCCGGCUUCCGUAGUGGCCGCGUUAUCAGGCGGUGCUAGACGUGGUUCUGGGAAGAAACUUAGUAAAGUUGACACAUUGAGAAUGGUGGUCGAAUACAUCAGAUACUUACAGCAACUGCUGGAUGAAAGCGAUGCUGCUUUGGGAAUUACACGUGAUCAAGAAAAUAGAGAAAAUAUUCCAAGUAACUCAGCUCAGACGAUGACUUCUAUAGAUAUGGACGAUGGAUUCUUCUAUGGUAGUAGUUCACCUUGUUCUGAUAAGCCGGAUUCCCCUGCGCCAUCUGAAUGUUCAUCGGGUGUGUCAUCGGCGUAUUCAGCGGUAGACCGCUAUGAAGUCUCCACACAACAACACCUUGGCUCUAUGGAUGAAGAUGAGCUUCUAGACGUCAUUUCAUGGUGGCAACAGAAAUAG